GUUUCGUGUCCACAGGGGUCUACGUGCACAUUCUAACAAGGCACGUUUGUAACGGUGAUCCUAUACAAGCAGCUGUGAAGAAGAAAAGGAAGAAACAUGAAGCUCACGGAAACGGACGUCGCGGAGCCGCUAGUGUGCCCGGACUCUUCGCACCCGUUGUGCAGCCCUCGCUCAGCUGUCGGCCGAGAUGAAGGGCAGCAGGGAUUCCGCGAUCUGGACGUGGAGCGGGACUUCGCCGAUCCGGGGGACGCGCCGACGAUGUCGCCGGGUCGCUGGCGACAACACGACUGUCGCCGAUCGCCGUCGGCAAAGGGCGCCUCGUUCGACUGGAAGAAGCUCGGGGAAAGACGCAACGACAUCGUGACUGCGCAGUCGAUGAGCGUAUUCCUGUGCGUCGCCGUGUUCUGGCUGGGCGCCGUCAUGGUUCCCGUGUACACGUUCUCGUACCUGUCCUACGUCCGGGAUGUCAGCAGCGCGCCCCUGCUGCAAGAGACGGUCGACCGCGACAUCCUCGACCUGUCCCUCUUCACCAGGGUCAGGAACGCAAGCGAUCCGCCGCUGCUGGCUCGACGGGGACGCUCGGAUCUUUCGUCACGGCCGGCGACCGCUGCACCGACCGACAGCGUCGACAGGACUCGUACAUCUCCAGCGGCGUCCCACCGUGGCUACGCGGUCUCCCGCCGAUUUAACACGAAGGCUCGAACGCGCGGUAGACCGCGAGCAACGUCGUCGCGCCGGCGUGUCAGCGUCGCCCGGCGAUUCACUGCGACGGCUCGAACGUUCAGGUCACGAGCAACGUCGCUCAGGAGCUUCAGCUCCACUCGCGGUUUCACUGUGCCCGGAGCGUCUCCCUGGGACAGUUUCAUCACACAACCGGUGACUGCCGUCUCUGAGACGAAGCUGCCAUCACUGGCCGUCAGCGUUUCGUCGAGACGAAGUUCGCUUGGUCCAAUGGUGGCCGAUGCCACGACGACAACCCCGAUACGUUGGCCGCUGCCAGUGAACGGCGGGCGGGACGUGGCAGCAAAGAAACCCGACGCAAAAAGGGCGACUACGCAGCCCUCCGAGGCCACCUCGUCGCUGGCAUCGCAGCGCGACACUCGUCACACUCGGCUGCCAGAGAGUCCUGCCGCUAAAACCGUCGCCGGCCUGGACUCCUGGACAAGUGUGUCUUUUACCGAAACCACAGGUGCAAGCUUUUGGACACGCACACCCUUUACCGAAACCACUGAGACAAGCUCUCGGACAACGAUGGCCUCCCACGAAUCCACUGCAAGCACACCAGCUGUCGAGUCUCGCGGGUUAGAUCGCGCGCACACGGUAGAUUCCGCCACAACCGGAAUAAUGGCGACUCGCACGGUCAUCGACGAGUCGCCCCGCGCGCGCGAAACUGAGCUCCAAGACAGUACUAGCGCGGUAGGUUUAAACGAGCUCACCUUCACUGAAGGUACUACAGGAAACGAGAGCGCGAACACUGUGCAUCCGGCUGUCGUUGGACGAUACGGCACGGAGUCGGACGGCACUUCGUCUACGGAAGUGCCCUACCUAGUGUUCGGCGGAGGUCAGAGGAAAGGCGCGAUGCCUGGAGGAACGACCGAUGAGCGUUCGCAUUGGGAGUAUGGCGAGGACGGCGACAAUGACGAGACGUUAUCGGCGCGAUUGAAAGAUCAAAGAACUGUCAUCGUUCGCGACUCGCAUCGCUCUGCAGAAGAGGCAGUUACCGGAAGAAAAAUCUGGAAAAAGAGAUUCACUGCGACUAUGAGACGCAAUACAGUUUGAUAAAGGUUUCUCUCUUCUU